AUGAGCCAGAUCGCGAGCAGCAUGGCUCUGCAGAGGCAGCUCGCCAGAUCCGGCCCCCAAUUCGCAAAGACGUCGCUCCCACGCGUCCAGUCGCGAAGCCUUCAGGACGUUGCCAUCACCAGAACCGGCAAGCCCAUCAUUAGAAUCUCUGGUGGAAGGUUGGUUCCAUCGACGACUUUUCCAAUUGAUCUAUCUCGACUAACUCAUCACCAAGGCCAUACCGCUACCGUCUUUGGUGCCACUGGUUUCCUCGGCCGCUACAUCGUCAACAGACUCGCUCGUGCCGGAUGCACUGUCGUCGUUCCUUUCCGUGAGGAGAUGGCCAAGCGCCAUCUCAAGGUCUCCGGUGACCUGGGUCGUGUUGUCUUCCUCGAAAUGGACCUUCGCAACACCGCCUCCAUCGAGGAGUCCGUCCGUCACUCCGACAUUGUCUACAACUUGAUCGGUCGUGAUUACCCCACCAAGAACUUCGACCUCGAGGACGUCCACGUCGAGGGUGCCACCCGUAUCGCCGAUGCUGUUGCUAAGUACGAUGUUGACCGUUUCGUCCACGUUUCAUCGCACUCCGUCUCUCAGGAUUCGCCCUCUGAGUUCUACCGCACCAAGGCUCGUGGUGAGGAGGCUGUCCGCAACAUCUUCCCCGAGACGACAAUUGUUCGCCCUGCUCCUAUGUUUGGCUUCGAGGACCGUCUGCUCCACCGCAUCGCCAAGGCUUCCAACAUGUUCACAUCCAACAACAUGCAGGAGCGCUUCAACCCCGUUCACGCCAUUGACGUCGGUGAGGCCCUCGAGAAGAUGUGCCACGACGACAGCACCGCUGGUGAGACCUACGAGCUUUACGGUCCCAAGCAGUACUCGAUGGCAGAGAUCAAGGAGCUCGUCGAACGCGAAAUCCUGAAGAGCAGACGUCACAUCAACGUUCCUCCUCAGAUCAUGUCCCCUGUUGCACAGUUGAUGAACAAGCUCAUCUGGUUCACCACCAUGAGCAAGGAUUCGGUUGCCCGCGAGUUCAUUGACCAGACCAUUGACCCCACAGCAAAGACCUUCAAGGACUUGGGCAUCGAGCCUACUGACCUUGCCAACUUCACAUACCACUACCUCGUAAGUUACUGCGCUGCUCUCUUCAUCCUCGAAUACAUUGCUAACAACCAUCACAGNCAAGCAUACCGUAGUUCAUCCUACUACGAUUUGCCUCCCAUGACCGAGCGUGAGAAGAGAGAGGAGAAGAAGUACCUUCACGUUCUCGACGACCAGUAA